UUGCACUUGAUACUUCAGCGUCUCCUCUAGGUUUUCCGCCAUUCCCCGCCGAUAAGAGAAGAGGCUCCCUUGAGCGGAUCUCUGCACCACUGAUUGAAAUGUCGGAAGCGGAUGAGUACCGCUGCUUUAUUGGUGGCCUUGCAUGGUCAACAUCUGAUAGGAAGCUGAAGGAUACAUUUGAAAAGUUUGGCAAACUUCUUGAGGCAAAGGUGGUUGUGGACAAAUUCUCUGGGCGCUCUCGUGGCUUUGGAUUUGUUACGUUUGAUGAGAGGAAAGCAAUGGAAGAGGCUAUUGAGGCUAUGAAUGGCAUGGAUUUAGAUGGUCGAACUAUCACUGUUGAUAAAGCUCAGCCUCAACAAGGAUCUGCUAGAGAUGAUGGUGAUCGUUACCGUGAAAGGGGUCGUGAUCGGGAUCGUGAUCGUAACCGAGAUUAUGGAGGUGGUCGAAGCUCUAAUGGUGGUGAAUGUUUUAAAUGUGGUAAACCUGGUCAUUUUGCCAGGGAGUGCCCUAGUGAAGGAGCAGGAGGGGGCAAGUAUGGUGGCAGGGAAGGUAGGUAUGGUGGCAGGAGUAGUGGUGGUGGUCACUAUGGUCCUGAUAGGAAUGCAGAUCGUUAUUCUGGUGGGCGCAACAGGGACUCAGGUAGUCACGGAGAUUCUGGAAGUGAUCGUCGUGAUCGUGCUGGACCUUAUGAACGUCGAGGAUCAGGAGGCUUCCGUUCUGGAUAGUGUACAAUCUUCAUUGAGCUGCAAAAUUUGGAUGUGUUGCUUUUGCUGCCUCAACUGCCUUUUAUGAUGGCCAUGUUCUGGGAUUCUUGUUUGGGGAUCGAUGAUGACAGUGUUUUGAUGUGCCAUACUCAGCACAUAUAUCAAACCCAUUUAUGUUCCAAAAAUGCUGACCAUUGGGUCCGUUGAAAUCUUAUGCAUGAUUGACUUGCUAUCCAAAUUGGUGUUGUGCUCUAUGCUAUUGAUAAAUGCUGCUCGGUACCUUGUGAGUUGUGGUUUCCA